AUGACGCUCCGCUCCCAGGUAUCAGUCCCCAUUGAGCACCUUCCUUUCUAUUAUCAAAAAUACUACAAAAAGGCCUUGAACCCAAAAGCUUUCGGCGUGGAGAAUUGCGAGGAGCUGGUGGACCUUGUGCGGGACACAAUACUCAUCACAGGCAAAAGCAAGGUGGUCGAAGCCCAACUCCCAGACGACCUUGAGUCCACGAAUCUCUUUGUGAUGCUGACGGAGGAGAGCCGAAGGGACCGCAAUCGGCGCAUUGACAUGGGAGACGAUUCGGCCAAGCUGAAGAUUCAAACCGGCCAGGUGCGGCCGAAUGCCCAAACGUUAUCGCAGCAAGUGAUGGCUCUGCAGUCGCGGCCACCACGUCCGAAUCCUCCGUAUGAGGUGCGACCUACGUCACCUUUUGCCGAGAAGGGUUACAGUGACAAAGGCUACGGUUGGAAGGGCGGCUAUGGUGGGAAUGAUGGAAAGAGUUACGGGAAAGGCUAUGGCGAUGGAAAGGGCUAUGGCGAUGGCAAGGGGUAUGGCGAUGGCAAGGGCUAUGGCGACGGAAAGGGCUAUGGCGACGGAAAGGGCUAUGGCGAUGGCAAGGGCUAUGGUGGCUGGGAGGGCCGCCAGUACCAAAAUUGGCGCAACUGGUGAGGCAAAACAAAAAGGAACGGGCUCCGAAAAUCUAUCACAACACGACAAAGCAUUAGCAGAACACACUUUUUGCAAUUCUUUUGCUGCGCAAUUGUUCUGGCUCAGUGGGGUACUUGGAACAAUUUUGGGCCGGGUCAGGACCUCAGUGCUGUUUUCAGAAACAUUCGGUGUGUUUCCAAACGUUUCAUUUUGACAGGCCGGACAGGGGCCUUCGGCUGUUGGGGAUCAUGGCCUCUAUGCUGCAGAAAAGAAAAGACAAGAGGACGAACGCAUAACGUUCCUAGUAGCGUCCUUGUUCCUAGUAGUAAGGCCAGGAACCCCUAGUAGCUUCUUGUUACUACUAGUAUAAGGCACUUGUCACUAGAAGCGAUGCACUUGUUCCUAGUAGCUUCUUGUUACUACUAGUAAGGCACUUGUUACUAGAAGCGAUGCACUUGUUCCUAGUAGCGAACAAAAUGUAAACAUGAAAACAUCAAUUGUGUUUUUGGCUUUGCUCAAGUGAAGGACACUUUGUUGUGCGCAGGCCACAAAGCCGGCAGUCUGUGGCAUUGACUUUGGGGCCUCUGAGUCAUAUGUUGCUUACGUCGGCAAGGGCAUUGUAGACAUUGUGCAGAAGGAGGUGUCCAAGCGGGCCACCCCCAACGUUAACCGGCUACAACGACCGGGAGCGGCUGCUAGGGGAUGCCGCCUUGGCGCAGAUCCGCUCCAAUGCCAAGAGCACCUGCAGAAACUUCAAACAUUUGCUCGGGCGAAAACUGGAGUCUCCUGAUCUGAACUAUCGCAAGGCCGCGGAGCAGCCGACGGAGAAGUAUAGCCACAUUGCGAAAGAGAAACUUGAGAAGAUUCUGAACGCUUGCAAAGAGUUAGAGCUUUGGCUCACCGAUGCGCAGAAGAAGCAGGAGGCGAUGCCCAAGUACCAAAAACCAGUGGUAACGUGCUCCGAGAUGGACAAACGAAAUCAGGAAUUGGCCAAGAUGGCCGAUGAGAUUCUCAAGGAGCCAAAACCCAAAGAGGAACCGAAGGAGAUGGAGGUGGAAGCUGAGGACAAAGAGGUGAAAGCGAAAGGGGAUGAAGAUGAAGAAGGCGAAGCAGGCGGAGCAGGCGGAGCAGGCGAUGAAGAUUUGAGACCUCAAGACAUGGAAAUUGACUGAUCGCGCACUCAGCUGAGCGCUGCCGCAUGAUGCGCAGCGAAAUUUGCAUGCAGAGACCCGACCCGAC